GCGAAACAGAGGCAGAUUGGUUAGGGUUCGACUUCUGUUAGCUAAAAAGCGGCAGCCAUGAGUACACAACGGAAGGAAGAUGAAGAGAAUAGCAAGAGAACCAACCGUUACAAGAAGAACGAGAAGAGAUUGGGAGGGCGUGGUCUUUCGUUACAAGCAUUCGCUAAUGCUAAAUCAAGAGUGGACGGCUAUAACCCUGCCUUAAUGAAGAGACGAAGAGAGUUCUAUAAGAAUGCAAAGCAUGUCAGCAAGUUUAAGAAGCUGGUCAAGCAACAGCAGCAUCAGCAGAAUGCUUCCUCCUCAACUCUAAAGGCACUGCAGCCAUCGCAGGAUGAAAAUGAAGCUAGAGAUGGCAAUGAGAUAAUCAAAGAGAACCAGAAGAGAAAAAGGACUAGUUCAUUCGGUUUGGAAGAUGUGUAUAAGAAAAAGUGUGAGGAGGAAGAGAAAGCAAGGAUGGAGAGGGAGGCAAUUGUUCAAGCAAAGAAAGAGGAAAGAGAAAAGGCUGAAGUGCGGAGAAAGGUUAUGAAGGAAAAGAUGUUUAAAAAGACGCGGCAUGGGCAGCCAGUUAUGAAAUACAGAAUUGAGAAUCUCUUGCAGACCAUUCAAAGUUCAACCAGAAGCUCCAUUGGCUGAAACUUUUGCUAACGGUCAACUUCUGCUGCUGUACCUUAAUCCCAGUUGGAGGUAGCUUUAGAUUUAUAUCGAUCAUUCUGUGUGAUAACGGAUAACCAGAAGUUUGAUACACCUUUUUUGUUUCAUGGUUUUGAAGUUAUAUCAACACCUUUUGAUUUGCUGCCAAUGUACAACAUCAAGUAUAUAAGUGGCCUUUUUGUUGCAUUUUAUA